AGAUUUGUACAAUGUAUAUGACAUGGAAUAUACAUGACGGAACACUUAUAACACGCAGACGAAACGGGUAAAGAUCGAGGAACUCACGAAAACGGUUGAUUCUAACGCAUUAUGGAGGGAUCGGGGCAACAUGCAUGUCCAACGGAGUGUGUUGAUCUUGAUCGAUUAUCAGGGAGCUCUACAAGCGUCCGCGAUCAAAAUAUAGAGAAGAUGGAGAGCGGGUCUGCGGAUAAAGAAGUCCCGAAAUGUACAGUUCUUUUCACAAGUCCAACGUACACAUCUAAUGCAGACGACAGUGGAUUUGUUGAAGUGUGUCCUCCACCGGAAAUCGAUGAUGACGUUUGGCCAAUGCGCAGAGAAAAUUUCCUGCAAAGUCCAAAUAUCACAUCAGAUGUUUGCUCAACUCCAAACAGAGGGACCUUACCUGAUCCCAGCUAUGCUCGUUUUGAUGUAAUAAAUAAUUCCCCAAUACAAAUAACACAUUUUCAAGUAUCCCCCUUAGCCUUGCGUUCUUAUUUUAUUGCACAAAGCGACAAUCAAAAUUUAAGUAUUGAUCAGCCCAAGAUCGUAUUCAACACCGUCUUUGAUAAAGUGGUUUCUGACCAGAACACUAAAAAUGGUUCUCAAGAUUGUCAAUCUAAAAGAAUGCCCGAUGAUAAUGCGGAAUUGGUACCCGUAAAAGAGAUCCCCAAGGAGCGGAAACGGGCUUCGGAAUUUACACGUGGUCACAGCACUAUAGCUUCUUUGCUAAAUUCACGUCCAUUAAAUUUAGUAAAAACGGAAAAAGAACAUUCUGGAACAGAAAGAAAGAGUGAAAGUUUUUCGUCUAGUUACUUCUGCAGUGACAAUAAUGUCUUUAAACCUGCACCAGGUUCCAUAUAUAAUAUUGGAGAAAGUAGCCGUAUGAAGACUGAAACAGCAACCAAUUCUUUCAACGAUGAAAACAUUUUAACUGCUUAUAGUGACACAAGAGAUUCAAAUAAAGUAAUUGACAAGCGGAGCGCUUUAGAAGCCAAUAUUUUUAAUGGUCAUGAGGAUACGUUGAAAGGCACAUAUGAGAGCCUAGAUAACCGCGGUGUUGACCAAAACAAUAACACCUUGCAGCUGGUUCAGAAAUACAGUGACAUUAGUGACGCAUGCGCAAGUGACACCGAAACUUCUACUGAAACAUCUAGCUCUGAAGACGAACAUCCGGAAGUGAAAGAAAUCAUCAGAACACCACCAGAUAGAAUUAAAACAAGACGAAAGUCGAAACAUCCAUGCCGUAGUGCUGUCAAAGAGGACCCAAGAUUUAAAGGGGUUACCGUAUGGUUGCAGACGUCUUUCAAGAAUGGACAUAGUCGCUUGGAUAUAUCUGCGUUUUACAGCAAUGUUAAAGUAUUAUCUCCAAGCAGAAGGUCUCCAGGGUAUCAAAGAGGAUACUUCACCCCACAGUACUUCUCAGAUCAGGAUGAAUGUUCGCCACAGUACAGUCAAAAGGAUAGUCAGGUGACAGUAAAAACGUGUGCUUCAUGUAAGACUCGUAGGACACCGCUAUGGAGAGACGCUGAAGACGGAACACCUCUAUGCAAUGCUUGCGGAAUCAGAUACAAGAAAUACAGACUUCGGUGUAGCAAGUGCUGGCAUAUUCCGAAGAAAGAAGUAAAGACCUAUCCAAACUGCCCUGUAUGCGGGGCCUCACUGAGGUUCUCGUUCCACAAGAAAACAUGGUAGAAUCUGCCUCCAUGUUCAGCCUAGAAGUGUUGCUAUGGUAUUAUUUGAACAAUCAGGUCAUAUAUCUCUAGACAUUGUUUGACUUUUAUACGAUGUAAUUCCGUACCAGUACAUUACUCUGUGUCUUAUAAAAAUGUAAUUUGAUAAGAUUUACACGUUAGAGAUAAUCGAUAUUUAUUUAUUUAUUUUCUGAAUUCCAUGACGUCUUGCUGUGUUUGAUUAACUAUUGUGUACGAAAGUGAACGUGAGAAAGGUGAUAUUAACAUAUUAAUGAAAUUGUCUUAUUGUAUAUUUUGUUUACCUUCAUUUUGUCUGCCAUUUAUUAUACGUUUUCAUUGCUUUGUUCAUUAUUUUUACGUUUUAGUUUUUGCCAUGUAGGCCCCAUUUUAAAAUGGGCGUGUUUAUGUGAGGGAGGUUGUUUUUGUGUGAAGCGACAUUUUUGCUGUCCGAUACUUCCAUUCUUUUUUACCACUAGAUGAAUCAUACAUUAGUAUUACUGCAAAAUAGGUGAAACCAGUCGGUAGAUGAAAAUUGUGUUGUUGUUUUUUCAGUGCUAAUUCCAUAUGAAAGGUCCUCGUAAAUUAUUCAAGGCAGUGAAAGAAUUUUCAAAAUCGGAUAAGAAAUAAAAAAAAAUUGUGCACAAUUCAAUAUUUCACCAAAGUUGCAGCAUUUAUGGUAAUCAUUUUGUUUCCAUGGUAACAUGUGAAAAAAAUGGCGAAUUUGAUUUAUUAACUCGACUAUUCUAAUAAUAAUUGGAGCCAUUGGGCUCGCCCGUGCGUCGGCGUCCCGAUUUGGUUAAGUUUUUUGUAUGUAAGCUGGUAUCUCAGUAACCACUUGUGGGAAUGGAUUGAAACUUCACACACUUAUUUACUGUGAUAAACUGACAUGCAUUGCACAGGUCCCAUAACUCUACUUUGCAUAUUUACAAAAAAGUGCCUCCUUUUCACCUUUUUUAUUCAUUCACUUGAGAAGACUGUUGAAUAUUCGAGUGUUGCUGUCCGCGGACUGCUGUUGUUUUUAGGUAUUUGUUUCAACCGUAUUUCCAUAAAUGUGUAAAAUAAUUUCUCUACUUUUUCAAACUAGAACAAAAGAAAUUAUGCUUUACAUCUCAAAAUCAAGAUACUAUAGAAAUUGACCCAUUUUAAAGGUAAUUUGCUACAUAAAUAAUUCGACUGCCUACAUGAUUAGCUAUUUUCUUGAAUUUCAGCAUGUCAUCUUUUUUUUUUCUUUUUUUUUAAACUUGUUUUCCAUGAGAGUUAUGAAUUGCUAGGCAAUAGUUUUCCUAUAAAAUCAGCUAUUAUUAGCCAUUCCUUCGCCUUAUAAAAACAAACAUCUAAAUAAGACUCUUUAUUUGCUUUCUUAAAAAAAAAACACUUUUCAAAUUUUAUUGUGUUCGAAUGUCUAGACUUCCCGAAAACUUCAAUAUUAAUGUAAUUGUAAAGUAAAAUCUUGAAUAUAAUAUUCGUAUUUCAAAUAUUUUUGUAUGAUAUACUUUGUUGUUAUUAUUUUGUUUAGAGUUAUUUUCAAUAAA